GAUAAAAAGAAAGUUCACUAACUAAAUAGGAUUAAGAUAAAAAUAAAGUUCAUAAAUAGUAUUAUCAUUGUUUUAUUUUCAAAAUAUGACUUAUUCAGUGCUAUUUUGAAAAACGUUAAUCAAAUCUUUAUCUUUAUCUUUAUUUUUAUCUUUAUCUUUAUCUUUAUAUUAUUAUUAUACUUAAAGACAUUACAUAUGAGAGAGAAAGAUUCUUCCGCCUAAGAUUAUGACCUAAAAUGUAAUUUCGCCACUCAGCAUUUCUACGCUCACCAUAUCUCCUAUUCAGCCCACCUCCUGGACUUCAUGCCUUCUCCUCUCUUCUUCUUUUCCGGAAUUUUCCAUACGAUUUCCGUGGAUCUCUUCGACCCACCUUCUCUUCGACGUUUUAAGCAUUUGAUUGAAGAGCUUCAGGAGUUCUUCUGAUUCUCUGAGCCGCAUGGAAGAUGAAGUCACCUAGCGGCUUGAAUUCAUGGAGGUAUCACCUUCAAGUAGCUAUUUUUGUAUGAUUCUAUUGACUCACUAGCUAAACCUUUGCCAUUCUGAUUUGUUUCUUCUUGAGCUUUUGUAAUUUGAGGCUUCCGGACGUGGUGCAUGGGAAAGUAUGGCCUUGAUCGAAAUUGGCUGCUAUGAACAAACCACAACGAUUCACUCUGCCCCCAAAUCAUAUAUUCCAUUGUCAACAAUUCUGCUGCUACAAUAUCUGCUAAUAUUAAUAGCAUCCCAGUGCUUAACGGCACGAAUUUUAAGGAAUGGAAAGAGAAUGUUAUGAUCGUUCUCGGUUGCAUGGAUCUAGACCUUGCACUUCGGACUGAGAAACCCGCCGCUCUUAAGGACACAUCUACCCUCGAUGAAAAGAAGGAGAUGGAGAGGUGGGAACGCUCAAACCGCAUGAGUCUAAUGAUCAUGAAACGUGCAAUUCCAGAAUCAUUCAGGGGCACAAUGUCUGAUGAGGCCGAUGCCAAAUCAUUCCUUGCCGAACUUGAAAAGCGUUUUGCUAAAAACGAAAAGGCGGAAACUAGUACUCUUUUGAGCACUCUUGUUUCCAUGAAGUAUAAAGGCAAAGGGAACAUAAGGGAGUACAUUUUGGAAAUGUCUCAUAUUGCUUCGAAACUAAGUGCACUAAAGCUUAUUUUACCUGAGGAAUUGCUUGUGUAUUUAGUUUUGAUCUCUCUUCCUUCUCAAUUUAAUCAAUUUAAAGUCAGUUACAACUGCAUUAAGGAGAAAUGGUCUCUCAAUGAGCUCAUUUCUCAUUGUGUUCAAGAGGAAGAGAGAAUAAAGCAAGAUAAGACAGAAAGUGCUCAUUUGGCAUCUACCUCUAAGGGCAGCAAUAAAAGAAAAAUUAAGGAAGCUGCAAAUUCGGGGCCUCCCAGGAAGCAUCACAAGGAAACUAAGGAAGAAACUAAGGAAUCUGGAUGCUUCUUUUGCAAAGGGACUAAUCACAAGAAAAAGAACUGCAC